GAUUUGUCCAGAGAAGCAUGUAGCAACCCAAUCGUAAUUGAAAACCCUAGCUUGUUUUCAUGCGUUGUAUUGAAAGUGCAGUAAAAACACUCAUCAAAAUUAAUUGUUAAUCGAAAAAUGUCUUUUGGAACCAUGGAAUCUAAAGAAAUUUUUGAAGCAUUUCCACCGAGAAAGAAAAUAUGUUUAGACCAAAACUCUGAGGUUUUCUCGUUGGAGGAGCUUGCACAGAUACUCAGUUCAUGUUCUUUUAGUCAAGAACUUGGAGUGGUUAAUCAAGAACUAGACUCGCUGGAUGAUAUAUGUACAAGUUAUACGAUUGAUACAAAUGUCGAGCUUACGAAUGACCAGCAAUUAACUUACAGUUUUGUGCGUGCCGCGGAUCUUUCACCCAGUACUAAGUCGGUUUUUAUUCCACGCCUGAAGGAAGGCAAAGUUGUACACGUUACUCCGGUUUCGGUGGAAUGUAAAUCACCAUUGAAAAAUGAGACUAUUCCAUCCUGUCACGAAAUUGUACUAGAUGCCAAGCGGGAGGCUUCUGUCUUGCAACAAGUAUCAAGGCUUCAUAAGAGAGGCCUGUGGUCGCUUGAUCGUUUACCGAAAGUCAUGGAGCCAAAGUGUGGUAUACUUCAUUACACACAUCUCUUGAAUGAAGCAAUUUGGUUGUCGGUUGAUUUUCGUGAAGAAAUAAAGUGGAAGAAACAUAUGGCAAGUCAGCUGGCUCGAGCUGCACAACUUUAUCUUAUUACACGACAUGAAUGUAAUCAACAUCUUCAGCGCUUUGAAGAGCAGCUAAGGAUGAGAAAUGCUGCUCGUGUGGCGAAUAUGGUCAAAGAUUGGUGGGGAGGCGUAUGUCAAGACUUGGAUGUUGCAAGUCUACGAACUUCUCACAAACUUUGGGAUAAUGCCCUUGAAGAGAAUCAAUAUUCCAUAGCUGAUUUAUCAGAUAUGGGUCCAAGCUGGUUAGCUGCUGUAAAGUUCGAUCUAGGAGAUGCAACUUUUCACGAAUCUUCAAGUGAUCUGAAUGAUGAAAGAAUCCUGUCAUAUCUUGAUGGGGAUGGAGAUAUUGAUGAUGAAGAAUGGAAACCAAAUGUAGAAGAUCAAAGUUUUGUUGGACCACAUAGUUGUAGCCGGUCAACUAGCAGUAGUUUGGCAGCCAGUUUCGUGGAUGAUAACGAUGUCAGUGGUUUCAGAGUUGCUGCUUUUUCACCUUCCGAUCAUUUAUCUACUGAAUGUUAUCUUUCUGAAAUCAACUCGCCUUCGUGUACUAAAACUUGCAAUCGAAAUAACAAAUAUCUUAGUUCGGAUAAAAGACGGAGUCAAAGCGAGCAUUCAUGCACUUCCGAAUGUGGACAUUGGGAAAACGCUUCUGAAGAGUUACAUGAUACCACUUCGGAAACUAGGAUAAGUUCGAGUUCAUCCGAGUCUUGCGACCAAAGUGUUGAAAGUGCUGAAGUGCAAGGUUUAGUAUCCGACAUGGAAGUUCCCUUAAAUCGCUUUCUCGAACCCUGCGUCGAUCGAGGAUGGUACGUCGAAAAUAGAGUUAAAUCUAGAUCUGGAUACCAUUCUUCAGAUUCGGACGUAUCAAACCGUGAAGCUUAUUGCCGUUCCUUCGAUAGGGUUCUCCCACAUGUUCAAAAAGAAAUUGCAAUUCUUCACGAUGAAGCGAGUAUGCCUUUACAUGAAAUAUUGCCUAGUGGUUACAUUGAUUUUCUUUCCAACACGGAUAAGCAAAAGUGUCCUACAGUGUAUGAUCCCCAACUUCCUUCCCAAAGUAGUAAUCAUGUGAAUGGAUCAUCUGGAAUCGAUAGCAAAAUGGAGGACGGUGAUGAUGGUUCUUCAUAUGCCAUUAACGAUGAAUUGUGCUUGGAUACUGGUGUUGGCGAUCUUAUGCAACUUGAUUCGUUUAGCUCUAAGUCAUCAGGUGCAUCAUCUUUGUCAAGUCAUGAUCAUAAUGAAUGUGAUAAUUUUUCAUUGAAAAAUCCACUUCGUACUAAUUCGCGCACGAUUCUUGCACCUUGGUAUUCUUCACCUCCGCCUUCAAUACCUCGUCACCUAGCAGACCUACACGCGGCAGCACUAGAACUGAUCCCUCUGAAGUUAGUAUCGAUAGCAAGUACUGAUUCAUCCCGUCCAAUCUUUGAAGCCUGUACUCUUCCCUAUAGUCCGACUCUUAGAAUUCCUUUUCUUCCAACCCCUAGUCUUGGUGCAGCAGUCACUUGGAUGCGACAUGCGUUUGCUCGGUCUGUUCCGGCGUUGUUGCUGACUAACAGUCAUUUAUCUGGUGAUGCUGAAUUGGUUGUAGCUGUACAUCUCGGACAACUUGCAGUUGUCGACCCUCGACAAUAUUUGCCUUCAGAAUCAUUGUCUGGUGAGAUCUGUAAUAACCCAAUCACGGGUGUCUGGGGUCCACAUCUAAUUGUAACUCCACGUUUAUGCCUCCCUGCCUGGCGUAGGCGUUUACAAAUGUGGUGCCCUGGUUUCCGUGUUGUAUGUUUGGGUCUUGGGCGUGGAAGUGAGCGAUCUGGAACUGGCCAUCGCCUUCGUGACACUGUAGCUCAAGGUGCUGUAAAUAUUUGUUUGAUUAGUUAUACUGCUUUACGUUUAAGACCCAAUCGUUUCAUACGGAUCCAGUGGAGUUCAGUCAUUUUCGAUCAGAUUCAUCGUAUUAUUUCGCAGUCUUACAAACACAUUGGUCUGACUCAUACAGUUUCUACUGGUCGUCAAAUAGCUACCAGUAAAUCGAGUUCUCAGGAUCACUGCACACCAAAUGCACCAGUUAGGUGUGAAACUGAUGGUUUUCUUGAACAUAUAAGCGAAGAUGUUACUAUUAACCCGAUGAUAGGUCGUCGGCCAUUUACCAAUUUAUCUAAAACAAUCCACCGAAAGUCAGAUUGGUUUGAUUUGAUAUUGAACAAAUUAGGCCGGAAUGGUCAUCGCAUAUUGAUUAGUUCAUCUUCAGAUGUUAUUUACCAUAAACACAGUCCUCAUCUACUGGAUGUUAGUAAACUACUAUUGCUGAAGAAUUUACCAAGUGAUGAAGAAUAUGGCUCUUGGCUUAACGAUUUCUUCCAAACUAUAUGUUUUCCAUCACGUCAGCGUUGUUCUCCUAAUUUGUUAACAAAACCAUCAAAAAAGCAACUUUUAAAGUUUUUAGAUCCAUUCGUCAUACGUCUCGAUGACGAAGAGGAAUGGGACUCAUUUAUCAAUGAUGAAGUUGUUGAAUGUCGUAUGUCCUCUAUGCAACAGAAACUACAUGAUGCAAUAUUAAGUACAAAAGCUGCUGAAAACGCUCUGAAAACUGGGAACCUGUUAGAUUUACUACAAACAGUUUCAGUUGCUGCACGUGCUUGCAGUCAUCCUUCUUUAGCUGGAACUCACCCAAGAUCCUCACGAAUGUUUAAACAUGCUUUGCAUAAUUUACAAACUGGGGUUCAUGUUACACAUGGUCCAUAUGUAUUUAAAUCUCUGCAAAAGAUACGCGACUCAAGUAGUCACUGUUAUUCCAAUUGUGGUCUUAUAUUUAACACUCCGGAGUCAGUUUUGUUAGGUGUUAAAUUACUUCGACAAACUGAAUUAUCUGACAUAACUUGUCAAUUAUUUAAUUUGUUCGAAACUCUCAAACCGUCUGCUUAUAUCCGCAAUCGUAUCGCUAAUCUUACGCUUCAGUUUAACCAGUUAUUAUUAUUAUUGUCAUCAUCAUCCAACAAUCAUCAAACGGUGAGUAAUUACGGAAAUGGUAAUAUUUCAGAAAUCGUAUCAGAUUCGGUCAAUUUUUCACCUGAAUCUCAUAUCCCAAAUGGCAAUUCAGAAAGUAACUAUUUUAAACACAAAAAUCAGUUAACAAAUGGUCUUCCUCUGUCUCAACAUUUCAACUCUGAAAACUGUAUUGAUCCAGACAUUGAAAUUGUAAGUAUUCCUCAAAGACAAAAACGACAAAGAAAUUCAUGUGUCGAUCGGGAUUCAGUUUAUUGCAAACGACGUCGCGUGGAAGAGUACGAUUCUCAUCUCCCUUUUAUUGAUUACACUGAUAUAGGAUCAUUUACUAACUAUUACGAGAUCUCCAACUGGUCAUCGAGUCACUUGUGUCUUAAUAGUGACCCGUUUAUGGCCCAUUCUGAUCAGUUUAAAAGUGCAAUACAUAUGUCCAGUCAUCAGUCUCAUACUGUCAUUCAUACAAAUUCUUACAAAAAUGACCAUUUGAGCAAUAAUACUAAUAAUUCAAAUGAAAAUGCAUCAUAUCCUUGGCUGAAAGAUAAUCAUCGUAAAUGUACUCAGUUAAUUGGUUUUGAUGAUUGGUGUUCACAGGAUACGUGCAAUCUUUUACGCUUAGAUUUAUUACAUGAUUAUACUACUACUGAUUCUAAUGUUUAUUUGAAAAAUUCACAAUUUAAGUCUUACAAUGUAUAUUCUUAUAAAAAAGAAUCUUUUAUAUGGAAUAUAGUUAUGAAACAAUUUUCACAGUGGAGCAAUAUCAGUACGCUAUGUACGCGACCACGUGUAAUUGCUACCCCUCCACGACUAAUUUCUCUUGUUGGACCUAUUGAUCUCCCAUUGUUGUUUGACAAAAAUCUGUCUUGUCCAAAAUUAUCUUGGUCAUUUUCUAUGUAUUCAUCCAUUCUCUCACAUUUAAGUCACACACUCUAUCCUCUAACAGAACGAGCGCGUUUGUUAACAUCUUCAAGCUGUUCAACUAUUGGAUUUCAUUCUUCAUUUUUGUCAUCGUUUAACAGUAACCCUAAAUCACCACUCAGUCAGUUGUUUUUAGAAUCAGGUAAAUUUUAUUAUUUACAUCUGAAAUUAACUGAGUUACUUGGUUUAAAAUCUAACAGUAAUAAUGAUAAUCAUGGAAAGCGACCACGUUGUAUAUAUUUUAUAGCUCAUCAAACUGCAUUUUUAGAUUUAUUAGAAGCUUAUUUAUCAGCAUCUACAUGGCGAUCAUUUCGUUGUGUACGAAUUCCAUCAAAUCAUAAAUCAGUUAAUGCUAAUACAUGGUCCUUAAUUGAUCGUAUUAAUAAUUGGCCACAAGGUACAGCUGGUCCAUUAUUAGUAUUAAUACAUGCACGAAGUCCAACUACAUCAUUAGUUAGCUUACGAGCUGAUUCAAAUGUACAUAUUAUCAUAUGUGAUGUUGAUUGGCGAGUAGAAGUUACAGAUAAUUUAAAAGCUAUUGUUCAUAAUUGGGUAUUGAAUGGUCUAUCAUCUUAUCCUUCACAUUCUUCUACAUCUAUUUGUCAAUCUAAUGUCAAUAAUAAAAACGAUAAAAAUUCGAAGGUGAAUGUUUAUCGUCUAUUAUCAACUUGUGAUUUGAAUUAUUCUACACAUCGUAUAAGUGUAGAAGCUUGUCUUUUACGUGGUGUAGCCUGUCGUUUAUUGCCUAGAGCUGUAUUUCAUGCACAUUCAACAACACAUGUUAAUUGUCGUUCAUUAUUAUUUGCACGUGUUCAACCAAAUGUUGUCAAUGAAUUAUUAUCUGGUAGAACAACAAGAAAAUUUCCACAUCGUCAAUUAUUUCUACGACAAAAAAUGAAAUCGAAUGAAUUCGAGCGUUUAGAUUUAUUUAAUGAUCGUAAUUUUUUUGGAUCUACUCAUAAACAUGAUACAUUGUCACAUUCAUCAACAUCGUCUAUUGCUUCAUCAUUUUCAUGUAUUGGACAAGAAAAUCGAUUCAAUGAAUCAUUAUUAUUUAAUAAUGAGCGAAUAACAUGUGAAGAUGAUGAUUUAUUAUUAUUUCAAGAAAGAGAACCGUUAAGUGAACUUCUGCUUCAUCAAGCAUUAGAACUGUUUGAAGAUCCAAUUGAUACACAAGCAUGGUGUUGUACAAAUGCUGAAGAAGUAGCUAUUGCCAAUGAGUUUGUUUCUCACGAUGAUAAUGAUGAUUAUGACACAGAUGAUUUUCAUUGUUUGUUAGAUGAUAGUAAAAUUGAUUUGGAAGAUGAUUUGAGCAGCGAACUUUUCGAUGAAUUCGAUACAAAUUUCAUUGAGUUAUCAAAUGGUAGUAAUGUAAAAUCCUAUCAACAUUGUCUGAUCAAACAGUUAGGUUAUACCAAUUUAAUUGGUUGGGAAGUUGCUAAUUAUGAGUCAUUAUGUCGUAUAUCACAACUUGACAGUCAAUUAGGCUGUGAAUCAAAUGAUUGGUUAAGUUAUCAUCAUCACCCUUCUCAUAUAAAUCGUGAUGAUAAUUCUGUGAUUGAUCAAAAUGGUUAUCAUCAUCAUCAUCAUCAUCAACAACAACAUAUUGAAUCAUCUACUUCUGAAAUAAUAUCUUCUUACGCUCAACUUCCAAUUUGGUGUCCUUUUGAAUCAUAUUUGAAAGAUAUACAUUCAACAUCGGAUACUACUGAAUCGAUAGUAGCCAACAAAAAUGAAUCUAAUCAUCCUUUAUCAUCUGUUGAAGAUUACUAUUAUUAUUCAAAUGAUGAUUGGGCUUCGGGUGGUGUUGAAUAUGAUUUCGGUUAUGAAAGUAUCCCAAUGACUGAAAGCGAAUUACCUCCAUUGAUCAUACCAACACCAUCGCCUGUUAUACAGACUAAUAAUAAUAAUAAUAAUAAUAAUAAUAAUAUUAGCAAUAAUAAUGAUAUGGUUGAUAGAAAAUCAGGAAGACGUCGUCCUAUUAUGAAUCACUCAUCUUUGUUAUCAUCAUCAUUAUCUUCUAGACCGUUAAAUAAUACUAACAAUAAUAAUGAUAAUAAUAAUAGAAAUAAUAGUAUUUCACAUGUAACAUCAUCUUAUCGUAAUGGCUCUCGAUUGAGCAACAAAAAUUUCAAAAAACGAGCAUUAACUAGUCCAACAAAUUCAUUUUCUCGUAAAACCAAUUCAUCUUCUACCACUUCUUACUACAAUACUUUUGACGAAUUAUCAACUACGCUUGCAACAACAACACCAACUAUUACUGCUACUCCAUGUUCAAAUUUUGCUUCUAUCGAAGGUGAGACCCGAAAUCAAGAUGGUCGAAUUAUUGGUUCACAACAACCACAUUCACGUGAUCCUUCAUCUACCGGAGUCAGUAUCCCUUCAACGUGUCUCAGUGGAAGUAACACAAUACCUCUUUCUCCGGUAUCAUCUAGUGCAAAUAUAUAUACAAAUAAUUCAAUCGUUCUAUCGUUACAUUCUUCUCUGAGCAAUGGUAGUGGAAAUUCAGCUACUUUGAAAUUACAUAUCCCACGAGUAUCUUAUAAUAAAGCAGUUACCAAUGCUCGUGUUCAUCGACUUCGUCGCAUAAAUAACACAAAUAUCGGAUCAGGUUCAGACGUUGCGGCAGCUGCAGCUGUAGCUUCUUUAGCCGCUGGUGCCCAUUUACUCCAACAGCAACAUCAGCAGCACCAACAACUGAAUGCUUUAUCUAAUACAUAUUCUGAGCACAAUCAUCCACAUAUACCUAAUACUGUUGUGUCCGCAGCCUUUAGUCCAUGGAAUUCAGUUGCAUCUAAUCCAGCUAUUCUGGCCCGUUAUGGUUAUACAACAUACAGCGUUGGAUCAGUUAGUAAUUCACCUGCACGACAUCUACCGUCUUCACUUCAGAAUUACAUGCAAACAACAAAUACUUCUCUAUAUCACUCGUCUAUGAAGUAUUCUGGCGGUGGUGGCAGCAGUAGUGGGACAACAUCAGUCCUGUCUGCAAAUAACAGUUCAUCAUCAUCAACUCAUAACCCUGGUCCAUUGAAUAAUGUAACACAAGUAGCUAGUCAGUUAUAUGUUGGUAAACCGCCUGAUUGGUUGAUCUAUGAAGAAGCAGCAUUAUAUUUAUGUAUCACAAAAUUACAAGAGUUAAAUUUUGAAAUUAAUAAUUCGAAUUCGAAUCUACCUACAAUUACACCUAACUAUCGUUUUACUGAAUUUUUCCUUAAUAACUAUCUUCCUAAUCGAAGUUAUCGUGGUGCACGACAAUGUUUGUUAGCACAUCUUAAAAUGCAGAAUAUUGUCUCUUCAGCAAAUACAGCUUUAUCAUCAACAUUAUCUAAUAAUGGAGUGAACUCAUUCAAUAAUCCUUUUACAUUUAAUCCUGAUGAUCUGUCACAUUCAGCUUCAGCAAAUAUAACUUCCACCUUACAUCAUCAUAGUCCAAGCAGUCGUAAAGUUAAAAAUAAAAUGAAAAGUGCAGCUGUAGCUGCUGCUGCUGCCACAUCUGUUAUUCCUGGUAAUGUUGGCGGAGCUUCUCAAUUCUGUAAUAAUGGAAGUGGAGGUGGUGGCAAUCUAAGUAGUACCGGUACUGGUGGCAAUACUACUACAUCAGCUGCAUCCGUAGCUGCUGCUCUGAAUCGAUGCAGAGGCUACCUAUUUUAUCAGCAUUUACAAACAUGGUUCAGUUUAAUGUUCUCACUUGAUCGUAACGAUUCCAGUCAUACUAAUAUUACUACUGCUGACUCUAAUAGCAAUAUAUCGACGCAUUUAUCACCAGUUAUUCAUAUUUUGAAAUUUGCUGAAGAUAACCAAGCAUCGUUUUUACGCAAAGCUAUUCGAGAUACAUUAUCUGUACCAUCUGUUCAAAUCCCUCCUAUUUAUCGUUCAACUGGAUCACGUAGAACAUGUGUUGUUGGUGCUGGCAAUAAUAAUAAUCAUAAUAAUAUUAGUGGGGGAGGAGGAAACACAUCAUCGUCAUCAUCAGUUUUAGGAUAUCAUCCAAAUGCACAUAUUAAUGUUAGUAAUACUGGUGCAGGUAUUGGUACAUCCACUACGCAUUAUAUUCAUCAUACAUCUAACUCUGGACAACUUUCAUCGUAUGGUCUGACAGGUCAUUCAACUGUAUCUAAUACUCCUGCUUUACUUACACACCAUCGUUUUCGUCAUCAUAUGACAUAUGAUCAUGGUCAAAAUCAAAAUUCAAAUAUUACUACUACUGAUUUGAGUUCAAGUUCUGGAUCCAGUACUGGUGUUGUUCAUAGCGGUCCAGUUAUACAGAAAAAUCCUACACAUAUUGCUGCACUUCAAGAGCAUAAUAUCAAUCCAGAUACAUUAAUUACACCUGCUAUGGUAAUUAAAAAUAAGGAAGAACGUGAAGCUCGUCAACGUGCUGAAAAUUUAUCAACCGUUUCAUCAUCAUCAUCAUCAUCAUCAUCUUCAUUAUUAUCAUCAUCAAAUAAUUGUCAUAUUACUACUGCUAAUUCAAUAACUAAUUCUACAAUUGGAAUAAUUCAAGGUGAUCAUUUCACAGAAUUAACAAAUACGCAACAAACUGAAAAUGUUUGUUUACUAUCACAUCCAACAUUAUCAUCAUCAUCAUCAUCAUCAUCGGAUCAUGUAUAUAAAACAUCUACACAUAUUAAUAAUAAUACGAAUAGUACUAAUAGUAGUAGUGGUAUUAGUAGUAGUAGUAGUGAAUCGAUAACGUCAACAUUUAGUGUUUUAAGUAGUUCAAAUAAUUAUAGUUCUCCGCCUGCAGUUACAUCAUUUUCAAAUGGACGAACAAAUGCACAAUUAUCUUUUACACAUAAUCUAUCUCAUAGAGCAGCUAGUGUUAUGUUACCAGUUCGUUCCGGAUUCUGUACUAAUACCGUUACAACAUCAAGUUCGGUUUUAUCUUUUACCAGUCAACAACAACGUUUACUCAGUACUCAGAAUACUUCAUCACCAGUUACUCAUUAUCAAUUACAACCUCGACAAACAUUAUUAAACUCUUCAACUGGUCGUCUCGCCCAUUUAACUCCAAGUUCAUCAAUCAUUAAUACGCCUCAUCUUACUGGUACUCAUCAUGUGAUAUCGUCGGCACCAGUUUCUUCAUCAUUAAUAGAUGAUAGUGGAACUAUACGAAGUGUAGAUUUUAGUUCUGGCAGUAUUUUGAUUCCCGGCAACUGGCGUACAGCAAACAAUCCUCGAUCUCUUAACGUUCAAACAAUUGUUUCAUCCACACCCACUGUUCUCCGACGUUCUACUACAUUUACGGGAAUCGGCUUAGGUAAUCAGCCAACUAGUACUGGACUACACACUUGUCGAUUGAAUUCAUCGUCGUCUAAUAUUUCUCAAAGUUCAUCAACCACUUCAUUUACUGGUACAUAUUUAAAUACACAGGUUGCAAAAAUUCCAACUUCUAAUUGUUCAACAGGACAAUCUAAUUUUUAUAUACAUCAACGUCCUCAAUUUUUAUCUAGUACACAAUCAUCUGGAUCUACAUCUGGACAUAGUAUCCUUACAACACCAUCGAAUAUUGCUGUAGUCCCUGGUGUAUCGAAUAACUAUUCAUCAUCUCUCACACAUAUACCUCAGAUUCUUCGUCCUAGAAAUGCUCUACGUGGUUCAGUUGUUCAGUCGACAUUUGUAAGAACUAUCUCUACUGCUGGUAUCAGUGGUACAAGUGGUUCGGUUGUUCCUGUUCCAGUCACACAUGGAACUCGCUUAUCCUCUAAUGUAGUUGGUGGUGUUUCCACAACAGGUAUGUUUCUUGGACGUGUUGCUACACUGAAUGUCCCUUCAAAUAAUCCAUCCGUUUCCAGCAUUCUAAAUGCUUCACGAACACAGCGUAGUGUAUCACCAACAGUAUUACAGUCGUUACGAACAUGUAUUUCAGGUAGUGUUGCAAACUCUUUUGGAAAUGAACAACCUCACCAAUCAUCACAGAGUGAAAACAACAACAAUCUUAGUGGUAAUAAUAAAUCCUAA